GCCUGCUAUCUGUGCUCCUCCGUCUUCUCGCUGCCUGAUCUCCACUUUCAAGAGCAGAGAUUAAGAGGACAAGUGGGCAUAGCGGGGGAGAGGAGAAGACAGCGGGGGUGACGAGAGUGGGAGAAAGAGAGGAAUGAUGAGAGGGGGGAGGAGAGCGGAUCAUUCCGGCUGCCCGCAUCUGCUGCUCUAGUGGAGGGCAGAGAGAAAGAGAGGAGAUGGCACAACGCUUCAGCAUCCAGAACACACGGGAGCGGUGCGCCACCGAGACCGGAGCCCCGGACCCACCCGAAGCAGCAUCGCACUCGCCGUUCUCCCGUCACGCCUCUUCGCCGCACGGCAGCGCCUCAGCCUCGGUCGGAGGCAUUAAUCAUCACUCGCUCCGUCUCCGCAUGUGAUUCCUCCGCGAGGAUUGGAGGGAGUGCACCUCGACCGCGUUUCCUCAAUGAACACCUUUGUUCCCCAACAUCCGGCGCAGCUCCAUUCUCCACCUGCCAUGGUGACAUGACGCACCCCUGAGUGGCUUUGCUCCUUUCUCACACUCAUAGACAAUCUCUUGGGCUCCUCAAACCUCUCGAACGGGUGCACACACUCUUCUGGGCUCCAGCAAACUAAAAAAGACGUCUCCUCCUGCUGAGCGCAACAACCCCCCACUCCGCGAUGACGGUGGCUGUGCGAUUUCGUCGCCACCUGCGUAGGCUCCUGCUCCUGCUGGCCUCGUGCUGUCUCCUCUCCCUCCUCCUCUCUGCUUACUUUCUGUUUACAAACUCCUCCCCCUCCAUGCAGCUCGGACAAUCCCCAGAACCCGCCUGCUCCCAGCCUCUCUCCAUGUCGCCCUACCAUCAACUUCCAUACCCGUACCCUCCCAACCCCCCUCACACACAUGUCCACACCGACCCGGUGGUGCUGGUGCUGGUGGAGUCCCAGUACUCACAGCUGGGUCAGGACAUUGUGGCCAUAUUGGAGUCAGCACACUUCCAGUUUCGUAUGGAGAUCGCCUCAGGGAAGGGCGACCUUCCGCCGUUGACCGAGAAAGGCCGCGGACGAUUUUCACUCAUCAUUUAUGAGAAUCUAUUAAAGUAUGCACAUGCAGACACAUGGAACAGACAGCUGUUGCAUCAAUACUGCACUGAGUACAGAGUGGGCAUCAUAGGUUUCUACCGCUCCACAGAGAACUCCCCGCCGCUCCUCAAACUCAGAGGCCUCCCGCUGGUGCUCAGGACCAAUCAGGCGCUUUGGGACUGCUGUGUGGUGUCCAGCUCACCUCUCCUCCACCUGACCAAACCCGGCACAGAUCGAGGGCCUUUACCUGGGGAGGACUGGACCUCCUUCUCCUCCAAUCACUCCACCUACCAGGCUGUGCUGCAUGCACGGGCCAAGGAGGGAGCAGGGGCAGGUAGCGGCGAUAAUCCAGGGCCUGGCUUCAGUUUAGGCCUCCAAGCCACUGUGGUGCAGGACAUGGGACUCUAUGAUGGGGUGAGGAGGGUACUAUUUGGCCAGGGACUCGGCUACUGGCUCCACAGACUCAUCCUGGUGGAUGCCGUCUCCUACCUCACAGACAGGAAGCUUACUUUGGGUCUGGACCGGCAUGUACUGGUGGAUAUAGAUGACAUAUUCGUGGGGAAGGAAGGGACACGCAUGAACACCAAGGAUGUGAAGGCUCUCCUUGAUACUCAGAGACAGCUGCGUUCUCAGAUCUCCAACUUCACCUUCAACCUGGGCUUCUCUGGGAAGUUCUACCACACAGGCACGGUUGAGGAGGAUGAAGGAGACGAUCUGCUGUUGAAGUAUGUGGAUGAGUUCUGGUGGUUCCCCCACAUGUGGAGCCACAUGCAGCCUCACCUCUUCCACAACGAGUCCUCGCUGCUGGAGCAGAUGGUCCUCAACAAGGAGUUUGCGCUGGAGCACAACAUCCCAGUGGACAUGGGCUACGCCGUGGCCCCUCACCACUCAGGCGUCUACCCGGUUCACCUGCAGCUGUACAAGGCUUGGAGACGCGUGUGGAACAUCCAGGUCACCAGCACUGAGGAGUACCCCCACCUCAAACCCGCCCGUUACCGCAAGGGCUUCAUCCACAGCAACAUCAUGGUGCUGCCUCGUCAGACGUGUGGCUUGUUUACUCACACCAUCUACUAUAAGGAAUACCCUGGUGGACCUAAAGAACUGGACAAAAGCAUCCGUGGGGGAGAGCUGUUUCUCACUGUGCUACUCAACCCAAUCAGUAUAUUCAUGACCCACCUGUCUAACUACGGCAACGAUCGACUUGGCCUUUACACGUUCGUCCACCUGGCCUCCUUCCUUCGCUCGUGGACAAACCUGAGACUCCACACGCUCCCGCCGCUGCAGCUCGCACACAAGUACUUCCAGCUUUUCCCCGAACAAAGGAACCCACUCUGGCAGAAUCCGUGCGAUGACAAACGGCACAAAGACAUCUGGUCUAAAGAGAAAACCUGCGACAGGUUACCCAAGUUCAUGGUCAUAGGGCCACAGAAAACAGGAACGACAGCACUUUAUCUCUUCCUACUCAUGCAUCCCUCCAUCUCCAGUAACUUCCCCAGUCCAAAGACUUAUGAGGAGGUCCAGUUCUUCAACACCAAUAACUACCACAAAGGAAUUGACUGGUACAUGGAGUUUUUCCCCGUGCCCUCUAAUGUUACCACGGACUUCCUGUUUGAGAAGAGCGCUAACUAUUUCCCCUCGGAGGAGUCCCCGCGACGAGCUGCUGCACUGCUGCCCAAGGCCAAGAUCAUCACCCUGCUCAUCAACCCCUCUGACAGGGCCUACAGCUGGUAUCAGCAUCAAAGAGCUCACGAGGACCACGCAGCCCUGCAGUUCACCUUCUAUGAUGUCAUCAGCGCAAGACCGGGAGCACCAGCCGAGCUCCGCUCCCUCCAGAGCCGCUGCCUCAUCCCCGGCCUCUACUCCACACACCUGGAGAGGUGGCUCACUUACUACCCUGCGAACCAGCUGAUGAUCAUAGACGGCCAUCAGCUGAGAACUGACCCUGCGGCCGUGAUGGAUGAAGUCCAGAAGUUCCUGGGAGUCAACCCUCACUUCAACUACUCCCAGGCCCUCACGUUCGACCCUCAGAAGGGCUUUUGGUGCCAGCUCCUCGAGGGAGGAAAGACAAAAUGCUUGGGAAAGAGCAAAGGGAGAAAGUACCCUCCUAUGGAGCCAGAGGCACAUGCAUACCUCUCCAGGUACUACAGGGAACACAACGUGGAGCUGUCAAAGCUGCUGCAUCGCCUCGGACAGCCUCUUCCCUCCUGGCUAAGAGAGGAGCUUCAGAAGGUUAGAUAACCUUUGCAUCCAUGAACCGGGGUUAAAGGUCAAGGGGUGGAAGUCCGGGAAGUGACCGGGAGCACCUGACCUUCAGAUGCGCCGUCUGUGUCCUUUUAGCGAACCCCGAGGUGAAGGCAAGGACGGGGUGCCUUGUUUCACCGAGGAGCCGCGACGCUGCUGAAGGGAGCAGAAGUCAAAAAAGCGCAAAGAAACUUUGUUGGGCUGAACUCUUGGGAGAAUGAAAGGCCGAAUGGAUGGAUGAGCGGAUGGAUGCGUGGAUGGAGAAAUGACAGUUUCAGGUGACUCAGACAGCUCUGAAGAAAGCGGGACGGAAAGGAAGAACCAGAGAACUAUGGGGGACAGGGAGCGCACGGCAAGUCUUUGAUUCUCAAACCCUGUUCUGAACUGUGGUGAACUCUCGUGCAGACCUGCAGUGACUUUAAUGGUUAUUACUACUAUUAUUACUAUUAUCAUUGUUUUAUUUUCACCUUUGAUUUAUGAUGCCAGAACAGCGCUGGUCAGCUGUGCGUGGUUUCCAUAGAGAUGACUUUGCACUAAGUUCUGUUCUGUACCUCCAAGACAAAACAAAAAACAAACAAAAAAAAAAAUGCACCCUAUGUGGUUUUGUCUUCCUUUCUUUCAGGGAGGGUUUUUUUUUUUAAUCACAAUGAGACUGAACAGACAGGGAGGAUAAGUGCAUAGACUCAGGGUGUGUGACAGGCUGUUAUUUUCCAUGCUAGGCCCUCCUUGUUUUGUGACUUAAUUUGUUAAAAUGAAGCUAGUUUCUGGUAGACAUGGCAGCCUCGUUCACCCUCGGAGACGUCGCUUGCAGCUUUCACUGGAAAGUAUGGACUGGAAAUGAGUCACUGAAGCAAGAUGCAUUGCCCGCUCAUUAUUUUCCUGUGACAAGUCAUGCAGAAGAACGCCGUGUCCAUUUAGCAGAGCACGAGCGCUGAUGAUUUCACCGCUCAGGACUGAGGAGACGAGUGUGCGGCAAGGAAAACUGACCAAAAUGAGGCUAAUGGAUAUGACACUUAAUUCCAAGACCCUUUAAGUAGCUACUGUAACCGCAGGCGAUUUCUGUUUUGUCUGUGUCUCAUUUAAGUCUCAGCCUCCUUUUUU